GAAGUUGUGUACAUGUCGAAAGUUUUAAUAGUUAUGCACGACGGUAGUACCUUAAUUAUUCUUGUCAUGUGCAACGCGGAAAGAAUUUGACGUAAUGUAAACGAUUAGUAUCAACGUAGGGGUUGUCUUAUUCGGUCCGUGUUGACAAACCGAAAAUUGAGAUACUUGUUUAAGGUGUGAGUACUUUCAAUUUAGGGCUCAGUAUAAUGCCACUAUUUGGUAAAAAGGACGACAGAGGUAUUGACUACAAAUCUAGGUUGGAGCAUAAACUAUAUUUGGCCCGUGAAAAUCCGGAGCCAGUUUUCGAUUUGUCCGAUUGUGCGCUGAAACAUGUGCCAUCAGGUGUCUACACGCUCUGUAAAGUGUUCAGGAAAGAAGCGCUUUAUAUGCAGGACAAUCAUUUGACAUCUCUAUCUGGAGGAGGGAAUCUGGCUGACCUUUCGCUUCUGCAAGUGCUGGAUCUUCAUAACAAUUCUCUUUCAAAGUUACCAGAUGACUUAAGGCAUCUACAAAACCUUAGGGUUUUGAAUCUCAGCAGAAACUCCUUAAAACAGCUUCCUGCCACUGUAUCUGAGCUCAAAUUAUUAAAUACAUUGGAUGUAUCAAACAAUAGACUGAAAGAUAUUUUAUGUGAGUUCAAUGAACUCAGACAUUUGGAAUCUUUGGAUGUUCGGGGAAAUAAAUCACUAUCUAAGCUGCCAACCUCCCUUGGACAUUGUGUACAUUUGAAAAAGUUAUUAGCAGAUACAGACUCCUUGAGAUACCCACCUCCCAACAUAGUACAACAAGGAACUACAGCUGUUGUUACAUUUCUGUCACAAGAGUGUGGUUUAGAAUAUAUACCACCAAGUGAAUCCGAGCCUGAUAGUGCCAUACCAACAGUGACUGAAAGUGAUGACAUAGACUGGGAAUUCCAGGAGCAGAAACGAAGAGAAAUGCUGGAGCUUGAGAGGAGUAUAGAGGAGCAGCAGAGAAAAGAAUUAGAGCUUCAAAAUGUUAUGAGAAUUUCCAAAGAAAAAUUGCUGGGAGAUUUACUGGAACAACAGAUCAGACUGGAAGAUGAGAUACAGCGUGCUCACCGAGAGCGUGAAUCAGAAAGACGACGUUUAAUCGAACAUUUGCAAACAGUUGAGCAAACAACAGACCAUAUGAUUUCUCAACUGCUGUCAUUAAGUGCAAGCGAAGCUAAUGUGGAACAUUUGCAGCUUCUCUUAGAGAAAGAACGACAGCAAGAAGAGCAGCUUUUCAAUUUACGACAAGAGGAGUAUCAGCACCUGCAUCAACAGGAAAUACUUAAUGCAAUGGAGGCACUGCUAGAAGAAGAAGGGAAACAUGAACAGAAGUUGAGGGAGUAUGAGCAAGACAGAGCUGAGACAACUCGCACAUUGUUGAGCCAGGAACUGGAAAAUAACCAGCAGCUGCUGAGCUUAUUGUCAAGCCAGGAUCAGAACAAGAAUGAGCUCUUGAGAAGAUUGCACAAAGAUGAGGAGUUGCAACGUGCAGCUGUUGGGGCCCUGUUGGAGCGAGGUGAUGCACGCUCAUGGGGGCUUGUGCAGCAAGUAGCUAUUGUAAGCUCCCAACUAAGUGCACUUACUGCCCUUGAACUGGAACGCAGGCGUCUUGAUGUAGCAGAGCAUGUGGCUGAAUUAAGUGAGAAGCGGAAAGCACUUUCUCAUUUGCUUGUAAAACUGAUGGGCCAGCAAGAAGAGCGGCGUAAACAACUUCUCCGAACCUUGAAUGAAAUGGAGCGUCGAAGGCCAUCGGACAAAGAGUCUCAAGCUGACUUCUGGCUAAUGCAAUAUCAACGGCUGCUUGAUUCACGACCACCAAGUCUUGUUGAUCUGGAACGUAAUUUAGAUCCAGCUUUGGGACAUCAUCUUGUAAUGGCUGGAGUUGUUCACUGUUUGCCCUUUUUGUCAGAAUGGAUACAUGACACUAAACGCCUUGUGGAACUGACUGAUUAUGACCUUAUUCAGGCUGGCAUUAAAUCAUCAGAAGAUCGAGCAGCCAUUAAAAAAGCCACAAUGGAAUACUUGCAAGCGAAAACAAGUAAUACAUCAAGUGUGGAGCCUCAAGAUGUGCCAUCAGCCCCAUCUCUUCCCGAGACAGAAACGCACAAUAUGGAUGCUGAGUGUGUAGUUUGUCUAGAUAGACAGAGUGACAUCGUAUUUGUCUCAUGUGGUCAUAUGUGCUGCUGCAGUAUAUGUUCCAAUCCACUAACAGAAUGUCCGAUGUGCCGAAGCAACAUCGUGCAGAAGCUGCGUGUUAUAAUGCCAUAAUGUUUAGUGUGUUUGUUUCAGAGUAGGUACUGCAGGUAGUAUUUCAUAGAUUCUAGUCAACUGCUGUGAUCUGACACAAAAUAUAUUGUGAGGAGAAAAAAACAAAUUUUCAGAUGAUAUCUAGUUUGUAAUUAUAUAUUUCUGUAAUCAAUUGACACAAGUAAUAACUAUUCAUAUGCUUAUAGUGUUGGAAAGUGCAGUGGAUACUCAGUGUAGUUAAUAGACUAUAGAAGCCAGAGCUUUCAGAAAAUGCUCAUCAGCAUGUACUAUCAUGGCAUAUGAGCACUAUUUUUCAAUUUUUUUAUACUACUUUAAAUUAAUAUUAUUGGAAAUUUUAACAAUGAGCCAAAAUCCAGCACAAACAAUUAAUAACAAUUCAUACGUGACUCCUCCGCAUUUUUAUAUCUUCAUUUGGCAGUGGACUUCAAAUCCCUAUCUGGUCAUCCUGAUUUAGGUUUCCUGUAGUUUCUCUAAACUGAUUAAAGCAAAUGCUGAAAUGCCUCCUUUCGAAAACAACAUGACCAAUUUCAUUCCACUGCUGUGCCCUGUCUGUGCUUGUGCCCCAUGUGCAA